AUGAAUAUUACAUUACUAAUGAAUGAAACAGACUCUGUCCAAUGUCAUUCGGUAAAUGUCAUCUCUGAUAGUAUAGAUGAUUAUACAAAUUUAUCAAAUGUACAGUAUAUACAUAAACAUAAUACCAGUAAUAAUUCUAGUAAUAAUAAUACUAGUAGCACAAUUAAUAAUCACAAUAUGCUUAUCACUAAUCACAAAAGCAAUUCAAACAGUAAUACCAAUGAUCUAUCAACUACAGAUUGUACUAAUUUAGCAGAUAAUUUGAAUUCUAGUUCAAACUGUACUUCACCGAAUGGUUCAACACUUACCAUGUAUGGUACACAGCAUCGUUUUAAAAUCAGCCCAAAUACAUAUCACGAUCUGGAAAACGGAAACAGUUUGACUACUACAAGUAUUGGUCCUCGUCCGGAUACAGAUCUAGAUUCAGCAUUCCCACCGAAAAAGCUAUACACUGACGAUAUACCUGUUCUAGAAUCAUUUCCUGGUUUUUACGGUUUCGAUCUUUAUCGACCAUUAUGUGGUGAUACUUAUGAAGCAAGUGAAACAAAACCGAGUACUGCAUUUUUUUAUUUUAAAGAUGAACAAGGAUGGACAAAUUUGUAUGCGAAGAAAACACCUACAUGGUGGACAUUAUCCUAUUGGUGUCAACGUAAACCCCCAGAAGGUUCAUUCAUUCGUUUAACACCAGUUUAUGGGGCAUCAGACAAACAACAGGAAGUAAUCCAGAGAUGUUUUGAAGAUUUUAUGGCGAUUCCAACUACUGGAAUGGGUCGUUACAGUAUAGUAAUGGUUGGUAAUUCAUUAGCUGAAUACUUUUUUGAUCCAAUAACAGAACGAUUAUGCGUUACUUUACCAUAUGAAACACCUAAAGAAGGAUGUGAAUAUAGUCAGUUCAAUGGAAAAUUUAUGUGUUUCAAUAGUUGUCUAUAUAAUGGUGGUCAAGGGAACAAGAAACCACUCUUCUUAAUCAUAACUUUAGAACGUUUAAUAACUGGGUCUGAUCCAAGUAAGGGACAUUGUGAAGUACUUGGACGUCAGUGCAUCAAAUUUCGUAGUUGCGCAUGUCCUAAACGAGAUAAAGAGAAUAACGAAAGACGUACUGGAGAUUCCUUAGUAAUUGGUACUCCUUCAUUAGGUAAACGCAGGAAGGAAUCAAAUGAUCGUAAUGAUCGACAAGUCAAACGGAUACGUUCAAAUCAAAGACCAUCAUCAGUAUGUAAUAUAAAUAAUAUAACUAAUGCCAACAUUCAAAAUAAUAAUGGGGUAAAUUAUGAAAAAGAUACCAAUCUGUUACGUGAACAUAACUGGUUAUCACCAAAUAAUGAAUAUUUAAUAAAUGAUGAGAAGUGUCCAAGUGAACCGAAUGGAUUUGACGACAUAUUUGACUAUUAUGGACAAGAAAAUGAUUAUGAUGGUUAUGGACAGAAUACAAUUCACUUCAAUGGAGAAUCAUACAAUCUCUUAUUAGUUCCGACAAAUUUACCUGGGGCUGUCGAAACAUUAUCGAGUGUACGUUAUGGUUUGUUACGUGCAUGGAUAUAUGCACUAGCUAAACAUCAUUAUCAUCAUCAUAAUCAACAAUAUCACAUGAUAAUGAAACAAUCACCCUUAACAAAUGAUUUAAACAACAGAAAAGAAACCAAAAGUGACACUAACAUUAAUAAUCAUACCUCAUCAUUAAACAUUACAAAUAACGUGAAUACUAAUAUGAUGGUAGGUAAAAAUACUACAGAAAAACGAUCAGAUACUUCAGAGAGUCGAUACUACCCUACAGUAUCUGGAAAUUAUUCACACUCGUAUAAUCGUGCCGUAAUUGGAAGCACUCUGAAUCAUUGGCUUAAAACGGAGUCACACCUAGCUGCUCUAGUACGUGAAAGGAUUAAUUUAUUGAACAUGUAUCAACAAACUUAUCACUUUAGCGGUGAUUCUACUGAUUCACAGCCGAAUUCUACGUUAUCUACUGGUGCUAUGGGAUUUAACGGUACAGGAAAUCUAGAUGAACCAGUUAAUAUAUUAAAUCAAGACUACUUUAAUUCAUCUAAUAUGAAUGGAUCAGUAGGUAGUGAAUUAAUGAAUUCAAAUUUACCACGUAAUUUGUCUAAUCAUCAAACAAAUAUAAUGCAAAAUAUGGCUGCGUAUAUUUUAUCAUCUACUAGUACAAAUACUACUACGUCUACUACUACAACUGCUACGUCUAUAAAUAAUAUCGGUAAUCGUGGGUUCAUUUAUAAUACACCAAAUGCUGUUGAUACAAAUUGGUCAUAUGAAACAGAUUCUGAUUUAAGAACUGGUCAAACAUCUCAUACGGAUCAGUUAUACGAAUCAACUCACCACGGAUUGAUCAUAGGCAAUAACAAUAAUAGUAGUACUCUACAUGUUGUAUCAGAAUUAAUUGAUCCUUAUGCACUAGUUCAACACUUACCUCAGUCACUUUCAUCAUCCUCACCAGUUCAUCAACAUCAUCACAUUCAUUCACACCAUAUACAUUCUGCACAUGUCCAAUCACAGCAUAAUCAUCAAAUUCAUCUUCAUCAAGGUAUGAAUAAUUCGACUUCUAUAUCUGAUACAAAUGAUAAUCAUUCAUCAGCAUUUACAACAACUGCAUUAAUUUCUGAUAAUACAAUGAACAAUAAAUCAUUAACGCUUAAUACAUGUCUCCUUCCUCAAAUAACACCAACGACAACAGUAACAGAUACAGGAACAAUAGGGACAACAAAUUUUGGUCAUGAUUUUAAUACAUCAAAUUUUUAUACUACAGCCUACUUUAAUCUUACUAAUUCCAAUGCUAAUGCUGAUAAUAAUAGUAAUGGAAGUAAUAAUAAUGUUAUAGACUGUACUAAUGCUAAUCAAUCAAAUGAUAUGACAAAUCAAAAUUCCACUUUAAUUGACUCAUUAUCACGACCUAGUAUAUCAUCGAAUUUAACUCAUCGAAGUAUGUCACAAAAUUCCACAUUAUGUAACUAUCAGUUAACGAAUCAUACCAAUUUAUCUGAAUCACUUUUAUUAUCAGAAGAAUUGUUACAUAAUUGUCUGGACAAUAAAAAGAAAUGUUAUGAUGAACCAGAUGGUGUUCAUUCUAUACUAACUAAGCAUUUAAGAAAUACAUCAUUUUGUUUAUCAUCUACACGAUCCCCUGAGUCAUGUGGAGCUGAAAAAUUUGUUAAAUUAGAAAUCUAG